CUGAGACGGCGAACUCGCACUCUCUCAGUCUGUCCCAUCACCCCAGCCACAGGCUCUUUCUCCCUCUCUCUAUAGCAUACAUACACACGCGGUGCUUCUGCUGAAUAUCCGGUCCGCUCCUCCGUGCAUUUUAUUCAAUUUUCUGCUCGAGAGUCUUUUAGACGGCAUAACUACAUCUUUGGGUUGUUGAUCUAGGGUUUGACACCUCCCGAAAACCCCACCUGGUGCUAUUACUAUGACCAAUCGAGCAGCCACUCCGUCGGGGUGGAGUUGAGAAACGUUCGGUAUUUCGUCUUCGAAUGGAGGGAGUAGAUACUUCUUCUUGCAGGAGAUCACAGAUGGACUAUAAUGAAAAUGAUUACCAAAGCAAGAAUCUUCACUUAGCAGGUGAAGAUAGCUUGAAAGUCUCCCCCGUUUUGCGUCCUUUCACUCUUCCCAGAUUUGAUUAUGAUGAUAGCCUCCAAGGCCAUUUAAGGUUCGACAGUUUAGUUGAAAACGAAGUUUUUCUUGGAAUUCCUUGUCAGGAAGACAACCAGUGGAUUGAGGAUUUUCCUCGAGAAAGUAGUGGAAUCGUAGAGUACAGUUCAAGUGUAACUCAGCCUUGCUCAAUCACUGGACACAAUAAUGUGUGGUAUGAGGCGACAUCUUCAGAAUCUGUUGAAAUGCUGUUAAAAUCAGUUGGUCAAGAACAUAAUCUUCCUGAAGACACUACUAUUCACCAGUCAAGUUGUGACAAAGAAUUGGGUAAUGUAACCCAUAAUUUGGAACCUAGCUUGCUUGAGGAUGAUAAAAUGGACUAUGCCGAAGAUACUAUGAUCAGUGUACAAACAGAUCAGUAUCUGGACAAGUUUUCCAGGUCAAGUGAGGUUACUGAUGGAGAGACAGACCAUUUUAAAUGUACAUCAUCGGUGGCAGGAACACCUUCGAAAAUUGAUGCCAACUCUGAAUCUUCACCUUUGCUGGAUAAGGAGUGCGGCUUGGUCAUUCCUGAAAAAUGCAAGCAAAAUUUGCUACCCGCUGAACCCUCUCAAGGCAUCAAUUCACAUAUUAUUGCCUCUUCUGAAGUGAAUGCAUGCAAACACCAAAUUGAGGAAUCUAGCUUGCUUCAAGAUAAUAAGAUGGACUACGUCAAAGAUCCUGUUAUUGGUGUGCAGUCAGAUCAGUUUCUGGAUAAGUUUCCUAGUCCGAGUGAGAUAACUGAAGGAGAGAUAGACCAUUUUAAAUGUGCAUCACCGGUAGUAGGAACAUCUUUGAAAAUUGAGGCCAACAGUGAAUCUUCAACAUUGUUGGAAAAGGAGUGCGACACGCUCACUCUUGAAGAAUGCAAGGAUAAUUCUCAAUCCCAUGAACCUUCUCAAGUCAAUAAUUCACAUAUGAUUGUCUGUUCUGGAUUGAAGGAAAGUAAACACCAACUUGAGGAACCUAGCUUACUUGAGGAUGAUAAGAUACAUUCUUCAGAAGAUCCUAUGAUUGGUGUACAAAGAGAUCAUAAGAUACACUCUUUAGAAGAUCCUUUGAUUUGUUUACAAACAGAUCAGUGUCUGGAUAAAUUUUCAAGGUCAAGUGAGAUAAUUGAAGAACAGAUUGGCCAUUUUAAAUAUACAUCAUCAGUGGAAAGACCAUCAUUGAAAAUUGAUGCCAACACUGAAUCUUCAGCUUUGUUGGGAGUGGAGCGUGACUUGCUCACUCCUGAAGAGUCCAAGGAAAAUUCCCAUUUCUCUCAACCUUCUCUAAUCAACAAUUCACAAAUUAGUGUCUCUUCAGAAGUGAAUAAAAGCAAACACCAACUUGAGGAAACUAGAUUGCUUGAUGAUGAUAAGAUGGACUAUGCUGAUGAUCCUAUGGUUGGUGUACAAACAGAUAAGUUCGUGGAUAAAUUUUCUAGGUCAAGUGAAAUAACUGGAGAGUUAGACCAUUUUAAUUGUACAUCAUCACUGGUGGCAGGAGCAUCUGUGAAAUUUGUCGGCAACCUUGAAUCUCAUCUCACUCCUGAAGAAUGCAGAGAAAAUUCCCUAUCUGCUGAACCUUCUCAAGUCAACAAUUCACACCCUAUUGUCUCUUCAGAGGGAAAGGAAAGAAAGAACCAACUUGAGGGUGAUAAUAUGCAUCAAGACGAGAAAUCUGUUUCCUUUUGUGCAACAAAUGUGAGAGAGACUGAUGACCAAGGUGCAAAUUUUGAGAGGGAGGAAGUGUUUUCAUCAAAAAUAACACAUGAACAAAACAUUUUCAAUGGCCAAGAACAUAAUACUAUUGAUAAUAGUAGCUCGAGUUCUGAACUUGUAACUGGAAGCAAUUUUUUCCAUGCAGAUGAUCAUGUUAGCCCAAGAGAUGUGUGUCACACUGAUGAAAUUCAUGAGAAGACACCUGUAGGUGAGAAUUUGGAAGGUGGGGAAGAUGCCUUAAGGUCAUAUGAAGUGGAUUACUGUGAUAGAGAUCAUGCCUCUUCCCAUGCCAUAGAUGAUGAACCUGAGAAGAUAUGCAGAGACGACUUUUCCUCAAAGGAGCUAAUUAAUGCUGUCAACAGCGAUCUAGAGGUUUCUUUUAGUGAGAGAGGGGAAAUUGUGUCAACUACUAUCUCUAGUGACAUGGAAAAUAAUAAAUCAAUUGAUCACCAAAUCGAGAGCAGAUCUUCUCUGGGUGAAGAGUGUGUAGCACAUGUUGAGAAUGCUUAUGGGACAGAAUUUGCCAACAAAAUAGUAAAUAAAGAAGCUUUAUGCACUGAGGAGGAAGAUGCUACCCAAUCCUCAGAUGACAUAGGGAACAAUGACUCAUUCACUGAAAUAAGUGAUGUUCCGGCUGCAGUGGUCAAUCAAUCUGAGAAUCUGCCAUUGCCAGUUAAGGACGAAAUGGAUACCAUCUGCCCUGCAGAAAAAGCAAACUUAUCAGCAUCAAGUUCAUCCUUUCAGAUGGAAAGCCAGCCAGGUCCUGUUCGUGGUGUUGAGAAAGACCCAUAUGUGCGAACACUGUUGAAAGACCAUUCCAUGGAUGGAGAUAUAGGUCCCCAGCAUGAUUCAGUUUAUCCAGGCACACCAAUGACAGCUGAUCAUUCCAUUCCUAUGAAAGAGGCUGCUGAUACAGAGACCAAGAUUGACCAAGCUCGUGCUUCUGAUGAAGUUUGUCAUCAUUCCUCCAUGCUCGAAGAAAUUGUUCACCAGCAUCACUCAGCAGCAGAAGUGGAGGGUCAUGAUGCAAAUGGAACAGUAGGCAAGCAUGUUGAAACAGAGAGCGUGAUGAAAAGUGCAUCAAACACUGAGGAGAGAGAAGUUUCCAAGGUGAGUUCCGCUGUUGUCACAACAAGCACUCAGGUUCAGCAUAACGAGAACGAAAAGCUAGAGAUUGACAAUAAAAGUGCUGCUGAAAAUGUGUCAUGUCCUCUGGGCAUAGAUGAUUUUGGUGGUAAAGUAGAGUCAAUGUGCAUCAAAUCUAGUGUAUACUCAUUGAAGAAAGAGAUGUGCAAGGACUCGCAGCCAUACGGCAAUAGCAAAACCCCAGAAGUCAUGAUGGAAGUAUUACAGCCUGUUGACAAGGCAACACCAUCUGCUGGUGCAAAAGGUGGCUCUGAGCAUAAAAUAAGGCGCCGUUCAGGUAAGCCAGGAAGAGAAAUUAGUAAGAAGGGAAAUCAAGUGAAGGAAACCCCUGUCAUACUCUCCGAGAGGGUGGACAGCUCAUGUGUGCACUUGGGCUCCUCUGUUUCCGGACAGUCGGUGCAAGUUGAAGCUGGAAGUGUUCAGCGCAGUGGCACAAAGAUCAGUAAUGUUGCCUCUACAUCAACAUCCAUUCUUCCAGAUCUGAACUCUUCCGCUACACCUGUGCCAUUUCAACAGCCUUUUACUGAUCUACAACAAGUGCAAUUACGGGCACAAAUCUUCGUUUAUGGAUCAUUAAUUCAAGGUGCAGCACCUGAUGAGGCCAUCAUGGUUUCUGCCUUUGGGACCACCUCUGGAGGGAGGAAUGUUUGGGAGCCCACAUGGCGUGCUUGUGUAGAAAAGCUGCAUGCACAGAAAUCCCUCUUCUUUAGCUCUGAAGUGGCAUAUAAAUCUGGUUCAGGUCUAAAGACACCUGAUCAAACAAGCAAAUAUGAGUUGCAUCAAAGCAAAGCUCUUUCCUCAACAGCUCCCCGACCAAGCAGUAGCAGGGGUACUUCUAUUCCACCUAUAAUUUCUCCUAUGAUACCUCUUUCAACACCUAUUUGGAGCAUAUCAACUCCCUCCUGUGAUGGUCUACCACCCAGUGGUAUGGCAAAAGGAGCAAUUAUGGGGUAUCAGGCGGUUUCCCCUUUACCUUCUUUCCAGACACCACCCAUGAGGAAUUUCCUAGGGCAGACUAAUUCUUUGCUCUCACAAACUCCUUUAACUGCACCAUGGGUUGCUUCUUCCCCACAAACUUCUGCUUUUGACAUUAGCACUACUCGUGUUCCCGUUUCCCCCAUCGCAGACCCUGUGAAUUUGACGAUCCCUACAAAAGAAUCGUCUGGUGUUUUUAGUGGGACAAAAUAUGCAUCACCAAUCUCUGUGCCGCCCCCUUGUAUGCCACCUUCUGGGGUCCUUCCAGAGAUUUCUGCUCAACAUUCUACCGAACCAAAAUCUAAAAAGAGGAAAAAGGUGUCCUAUACUGAGGCUCCUGGACAGACCCCACUAUCAAUUUUACCAGUGCCUGCCGCGAGAGUUAAUUGCCGUUGGCCAAAACUAACUCAUUCACCGGAAGAUGUUGGACAUGCCUCAUUAAUACCUGAAAGUGAGAUAGUAACAACAUUUGGUACUCCUAUUGUUAGCAAUUGUUCUUCUAUGACGAUUGCUGUUUCUCCAUCCAUAUCUGCCAACCACUCUAAAAUAGAUGAUACUGAUGUGGAGAAAAGGAAACUAACUUUACUGGAUUUUAACAGAGUUGAUGAUGCGAGGUUACAGUCAGUUGAGGCUGCUGAACAUGCAGCUGUUGCACUUGGUCACUGCCAAGAUAUAUGGAGUCAGUUGGAAAAACAGAAGAACUCAGGAUUGAUGUCAGACGUUGAAACCAAGCUGGCUUCUGUUGCCGCCACUAUAGCAGCAGCCGCUUCUGUUGCUAAAGCCGCAGCCGCAGCUGCUAAGAUUGCAUCAAAUGUUGCUUCACAGGCAAGGCAGAUGGCUGACGAGGUAUUGGCAUCAAAUGAGAGCAGGACAGACUCUCUAUCUGACUUUGUAAGAAACAUGGAAGGUGCAACUCCUGCUUCCAUUCUAAAGGGUGGUUGGGGUGGGCCCAAUGGUUCUGGUUCUGUUAUUAUUGCUGCCAGGGAGGCAGCUAAGAGAAGAAUUGACCUUGCUUCUGCCAACUCAAUACAUGCUGAAAAUUUAGAUGCAAUAGUUAAGGCUGCUGAACUGGCUGCUGAGGCUGUAUCACACGCUGGCAAGGUUGUCGCAAUGGGGGAUCCUUCCACAUUAAGUGAAUUAAUUGAAGCAGGGCCUGAUGGCUACUGGAAAGUUUCCAAAACACUAGGAGAGCAGUGUGUGAAAUCAAAUGACACGACUUUGGGAAAAACUGGUCUCAAUGGCACUGAAAUGGCUUCAGAUGUUUGUCUGGAGAAAUCUGAGUGGCCAUCUAGAAAAGCUUUAAAGGCCCUGGCAAUUGUUCCAUUGCCUCUCCUAUUGGAAGGAAGUGCCAGAGUAGAAGAAGACAUAUCACCAACGAUUGUAUGUGCUGAAAAUGAAAUGUGUGGGAGCAAGGGUCCUGCUCCAGAACCUACUAAGUCACCCGACUCUUCUUCCUCCAAGCCAGAAGUGGACUCUAGGUUAGCUUCCCUUCAGGAGGCCUAUGGAAAAGGUGAAAGUUCAACAAGUGGAGAAAACAUAAAGGAAGGCUGUCUUGUUGAGGUUUUUAGGGAUAGUGGUGACUUGAACGAUGGAUGGUUCUUGGCAAAUGUAUUAAGCUUAAAGGAUGGGAGCGCUUUUGUCUCUUACACUGAACUCCAAUCAGAGAAAGGGCAUCUAAAGGAGUGGAUCCCUCUAUGCAUAGACGGUGAUGAGGUGCCUAGAAUACGCGUCGCAAAACCUAUGACUGUUAUGCACUUUGAAGGUGCCCGAAAAAGAAAACUAGCAGAAGUCAGGGAUUAUUCUUGGUCUGUCGGCGAUCAAGUUGAUGCAUGGAUCCAUGAUUGCUGGCGAGAAGGAAUCAUUGUUGAAAAGAACCAAAAGGAUGAAACUAUGUUCACUGUCAAUUUUCCAGCCCGUGGAGAUAAUGCAGUUGUUAGAGUGCAACAUCUUCGUCCUAGGCUUGUUUGGAAGGAUGGCUUGUGGAUUGAGUGGUUCACUUCAAGAGAACAAACUUCUCCCCAGAGCAACGCUCGGAAGGGGAAGAGGGCAAAGUUGCGAAAUGCGACGAAUGAGGAGGUAGACUGGGAAAAGGUGAAGGCCGCAAAAAGUGUUGAUGUGUCAGAAUUAGAGACAACCAAAGAAGAAACCAAAUCAAUCCAUUUAUCUGCUGCUGAAAAAUUAUUUAAUAUUGGUGGCCACAGGACUGAGAAUAAUCAGCCCAAGCCCGCCACACAUAGGACAAUGAGGUCUGGCUUACUACAGAAAAAAGAAGGGCCUAAAGUAAUUUUUGGUGUGCCUAAACCUGGAAAAAAGAGGAAGUUCAUGGAUGUAAGCAAACAUUAUGAUUCAAACAGGGGGGGUGUUAAGAGCACCACUGCCAGUUCAACAAAUGAUUCAGCAAAAAAUGGGAUUCCAACUAGAUCAGGAGUUGGUGGGGGAUGGAGAACUAGUACCAAAACUGAUGAUCUAAAGGAGAAGAAAUUCCUUGCUGAAUCAAAACCCAAACCUCCCCUUAAACCUAGAAAACCACUCACUUCAAGUAAGAUAUUGAAAGAUAACUAUUUUAGGUCAACCCCGACUAGUUCUGCUGAUGUCAGUCAUGACAAGAGCGAAUCGGGUUACUCAGAUUCAGUGAAGUUCAGUUCCAAUACUGAAGAAGUGGCUGAAUCGAAGGCUCUUCCUCCUGCUGCCAAAAAGGCUCUAAAAAAAUUGAAGAACAGACCUGAACAGAUGAAUAAGGGAAACUUUGCCACUGGUAGUGGAGCGUUAACAAAACCAGAUGAGGUGAAUGACAAGUCAACUUCUGAAACCAAUGAACCGCGCAGGUCAAAUCGCAGGAUUCAGCCAACAUCCAGGUUACUGGAAGGCUUGGAGAGCUCACUGGUUAUCCCAAAGCUCCCUUCUGUUUCACAUGACAAAACUCACAAAAGCCACAACAGGGGCGCCACAUCCAAAGGCUGAUAGGAGCUUGUUGGAAGUGAACAAUAAUUUGGUGCGCAUUUAAUGUGAUUCUCUCUGCGCACAUCAAUCGGGUGCAUAAAUGUUGUAUAUUUUUAAUUAUUUAUUAUAAAAGGUACGCAUUGUUGGCGUGAAUGUUCUCAGUUAGUUCAUUGCCUCAUUGGUGCGUUAGCAGCAGAAUUGUGAAAAGUAUCUCCCGUUCCUUCCCCUAUAUAUAUAU